AUGGUGCUGAACCAUCUCACAGCCCCGGUUAUAACCUCCACAGAGGUACCACCACAGCAGCCAGGACCGGACACCGGAAACAAACCCAAAGAGCGAGCCCCAGCCUCCGAUCCAAACAUCCCUGACCACCGGCUCAACGUAAACAGACCCUGCAUCUAUGAGCGUCGUCUUCCAGGCAAUGCCUACAUAACAGCGCACGUCCAGCGCCUCCAGCAUGGCUACUAUUCGACAGACGCCGUUUCAGACCGAGAUAUCGAUCAUGUCGACUUCCUCGCUGUUAGCUUUGUCUUCCACUCGCCGGACACUCUCAACCACCGCUUCAAAGCAGCAACCAUUCGGGCCUCCCUCCACCAUCCUACCCACAACUGCACCACCAACAGACAAGGCUCCAGCAGCUCCAGGUCGCGACAACACCGAACCAACCACCCGCGUUUCUUAAUGCAUGCACCACACCUGCUUUUCGGCUCCGUCUCCCCCGAGACCCUUCAAUGGAGCUACAGCCUUGCAGGCACCCUCGGCAUCGCGCAGCUCCCGCUCAUUGCAUCCCUCUCGCCAGCCGCGGGUCUCAACGGACGAUACAGAAGGUACGAAAUGAUGAGCAUACAAGGGUCAGUCCGCACACUAGACGGGGCCGCAGCAAGCCAGAUCGUCUGGACAAUUGAGGAGAAUACACUGCAGCGCUCGGGACUACCCCGUGAAUUCACAUUCGCGAUGCUCAUCGCAAAACCGGCACCCGAGAGCCGCGUCCAGUUUGUUCUGGACAUUGAGCCCAUUCUGCAGAGCUGGUUUGGGUCUUACCCCGGCUGGUGGCUGGCGCUGUUACGAAGAUAUCGCGCAGUUAAGAGGAAACGGGGUGUGGAUUUCAGAACGAGUGUCGGGCAGCGGUUUGGCGGGUCCGUUAGGACAUAUUCUUCGUCGUCUUCGAGGAGGGGUUUUAAUUUUGCGACGCUGGUGGCUGGCUUCGAUGAGUACGUCUCUUUGUCUGGGAAGAGGACUGCGGUUGUCGCCGGCGGAGAUACACAAGACCAGACAGAUGGGCAAAUGCCAUACCCAUUCCCACUUCCGAAUCCAAAUCCAAAUCCUAACCCAAACCCAAACCCGAACCCGUUCCAACCACAAGUGCCAUGGCGUGGAGACGGACUAUGGCCGAGGGAACCUCAGAACUCAAUGCCACGCACAAGCGUCCGAUUCGACCUUCAAGCCGCCGAUGGGAAUGCGGAUAUGACGGCAACUGCACAGAACAGGGGCCAUAACAGUUACGGUGCCGGCAAAGAAAACAUCAGCAACAGCAGCGGCAGCAGUAACAGCCGCGGCCGCAACAGUACCCAACGCAGCAAGCCGCGGCGCGAAUGUUAUCAGCCUCUAUAGAGAGAAGG